AUCAUCAAUGAAGAAUAGCCUCAAUUCGAAUCCGUGAUCUGUAAUUAAAAAUCCUAAGAAAAUGGCCUUUCGUCGCCCGAAAAAUUACCCAAAAUGUCAUCGGAAAAUAAAUUGCCCCAAAUCGGUGCUUAAUGGACUAAUCGUCCGUGGAAAAUAGGGUCAAUAGAUAUUAUCGGUGGAAAAUAGGACUUAUCAUCCCGUGAUCUGCAGCCUCCAAAAUCAAAAGAAAAUGGCUUUUCGGAAAUGUCAACCGAAAUCUGUGAUGGUACCCCUUUGGAAUUCUCCAAAAAUUGACCCAGAAUAAAUCCGCCCAAAUGGGUCCUAGUACAUGAAUAAAGGUUUAGGAACGAGUUCGGGGUCGAUUGGAUGGAGAUCGGACGUUUGGCGAGAAGCUAAGGAAGUCACACGGGCAUGCCUAAAACCCACACGGCCAUGUAAGGGAACCCACGUGGCUGUGUGGAAAUUCCAGGGAACUCACACGGGCAGCCUGGAAAUCCACACGGCCGUGUGGUUGUGGCCGUGUAGGAUGGCUGAAGUCCACUUAUCGAAACGCAGCGUUUUGCACAACUCACACGGGCAGCUGAGAAAGCCACACGGCCGUGUGGCCUGCCCGUGUGGUGGGAAUUUCUGGGUUUUAAACCCAAAUUCGAGCCAAAGGAGAGGAAAUCGACUUUUUGGGAUAAAAAACAGAGCCCUAGAGAGAGAAAGUGCGAAGAACACCUCCUAAGAGUGGUUUUGGAGCUGGGUUUCAUCAAUCAAGCUUGGAAAUCAUCCUUGGAGUGAAGAUCAUCAUCCCAGAGAAGAUUCUUCCCAUUGUUAUGAGUAUGACUGCUUUGUAUUCUGUUUUCCUCUCUCUCUCUAUGGAGUAGAACCUUCUCUCAAUUGGGUAUGAAGAACCCUAGUUCCAUGUGUUAGGGAUCUUGAUUGUAAUGACUUAGGAUUGUUAUACUGAUUGAUUUUAAUCAAUUGUUGCACGAUUUAUUGAGUCAAUUAAAGUCGGAUCAUCUUUCCUUGAUUUCUGCUGCAACCUGAGAUAGAUAGAAUCUGAUUAGAUUGUUAGAGCUUCAUCUAUCGGUAGUGGUAGAUUGAUUAUACGAGAGUUAAUCAAUCUACUGCUUUGUACUGGAACCCAAUUCCAGUAGUGUAGUUCUGUGCUUAUUGCUUCAGCUUUCUAUCCCGGUGAAGACUAGUCGUCUGCCGGGUAGUUGGACAGAGAGGGCUUGGUCAGCUUAAGAGAUUCCAAGCUACUGUCGGAUCUUCCGCAGUUUAAUCAACAGUAAAUCAACCCAGGGUAAUUACAACUGAGACCUAACUAAGGAGCUAGGGGGACUCAUUCCCGAGUGACUCUCCCUUUGCUUCAGAAAAUCGAAUCAUUUCCUUCUUUCUUACUGCUUUUAGUUAAAACCACAAUCAAUCGACUUAUUUUGCUAGAUAAUAGAUAUUCACGGAGUAGGCAGUAGAUCUAGACCCCGGGUUGAUAAUUAGAACUUGCCACUUUACUCCAUUUCUGGACUGCGAUUACAUUUGGUCGCAGUUUGGUGUUGUGUUCUAGCGUGUCAUGAUUUUGGCGUCGUUGCCGGGGAACCUCUAGGUUAUUGUAGAAACAUGAAAGUCUGUUACUUUAGCUUAUUUCUUUUCUUUUCUACCAUUGCUUUUCACUUGGGUGUUAUGUUUUUGUUGGUGCAGAUCUGAAACAUGGAUUCUCAAGGCUUCUCCAACCAUUGGGGGUAUCAACCACCAUCCGUGUGGUAUUACCCCGAGACUUCCUGGAGCAACCAAAGAGGAGAAGACUAUGGAUUCGGAUGUCAGUACCAACCCCCCUACUACAGAGAACAACCAAACCCUUGGGAAACUCAAGAACAAUAUCCUUUUCAAGAAGAGUUCUUGCCACAACCAGAGGGGCCAUCUGAGUUGGAGUUAGCCAUGGAGGCCUUCAUGGGCCACUCUGCAGAGCCAUGCUACACUUCACUGGAAGAUCCGAACAAACAAUUAAGGCUUCUCGUGGAGUAGUUUGCUCAAGACACUGAGAGAUCAUGCUCCAAGAUGGAUCUUCAAAUCAAAGCUCUUGCCCCUUCCGAUCCUUCAUUUCUCCAUGAAAUGGAGGAGACUGUUCAGUGCUCAACGAAGCAAACAGAGUGGGUGGAGCAAGUUUGCUCACAUCCUGCUCAAGAUCACCUUUCUGCUACCACGCUAGAAGAGGUGGAGGAUGACAAAGGCUACAGGGACGUUGAGGAGCAUACAGAAGUUAUCACAGAGAACUCCCAUGAUAAUCAUGAUCAGGAAAGUCAUCUGGUUGCAGAUCACACCUUUCCUCAUUUCUACUCUAACAAGCUGGGCCCGAGCGAGGAGAUGCAAGAUGAUCUCAUUGAAGAAAUUACAUGGCGACUUGCUCUACAAUCUGUUCUAGAAGAAGAAAAGCGAGAAAGGGUGAGGGAAGAAGUUGUGGAGGAUGAUGAAGAAAGCAAAAGAAUCAAUAGACUUCAUUAUCGGUGGAGAAUAGACUCGGCCUGAUUCCAUGAUCUACAGCCUCCAAAAGCAAUAGAAAAUGGUAUUUCAAAAAAAUCACCCAAAAUAUGUGCUGGUACCCCUUUGAAAUCUGCCAAGAAUUGACCCUGAAUAAAUCCGCCCUAAUCGUCGCUUAAUGGACUUAAUCAUUGUAAAAGAAUAGCCUCAGGUCGAAUCCGUGAUCUGUAGCCUUCAAAAUCCAAAAAAAAUGGCCUUUUGUCGCCGAAAAAAUUAUGAAAAUGGCAUCCGAAAAAAAUUUGGGCCAAAUCGGUGCUUAAUGGAAUUAUCAUUUGUGAAGAAUAGGAUCAAUAGACUUCAUUAUCGGUAGAGAAUAGCAUCGGCCUGAUUCCGUGAUCUGCAACCUCCAGAAUUGAAUGAAAAUGGCAUAUCGGAAAAAUUCCCUGAAAUCUGUGAUGGUACCCCUCGUAUCUGCUUAAAAUUGACCCGGAAUAAAUCCGCCCAAAUCGAUGCUUAAUGGACUUAAUCAUCAUUGAAGAAUAGCCUCAAGCCGAAUCCGUGAUCUGUGGCAUUCAAAAUCCAAACAAAAUGGCAUUUCGUCUCCCAAAAAAUUACAAAAAUGGCAUUCGAAAAUAAAUUGGCCCAAAUCAUAGCUUAAUGGACUUAUCAUUCGUGGAGAAUAGAAUCAAUAGACUUCAUUAUCGGUGGAGAAUAGCCGCGGCCUGAUUUCGUGGUCUGCGGCCUCUAUAAUCGAAAGAAAAUGGCAUUUCGCUAAAAUCGCCCGAAAUCUAUAAUGGUAGCCUCUUUGAGAUCUCACAAAAAUUGACCCGGAAUAAAUCCGCCCAAAUCGGUGCUUUAUUGACUUAAUCAUCGUUGAAGAAAUAGCCUCAGGCUGAAACCGUGAUCUGAAGCCAUCAAAAAGCAAAGAAAAUGGCCUUUCUUCGCCCAAAAAAUUAUGAAAAUGCCAUACAAAAAUAAAUUGGCCCAAAUCGGUGCUUAAUGGACUUAUCAUACGCUGAGAAUAGAAUCAAUAGACUUCAUUAUUGGUGGAGAAUAGCCUCGACUUGAUUCCCUGAUCUGCAGCCUCCACAAUCAAAAGAAAAUGGCAUUUCAAAAAAAUCGCCCAAAAUCUGUGAUUGUACCCCUUUAGAAUCGUCCAAAAAUUGACCCGGGAUAAAUCCACCCAAAUCGAUGCUUAAAGGACUUAAUCAUCAUUGAAGAGCAACUCUUCUGGCUUCGACCUAGCCUUGUGAGAGGCAUUAAAAACCACUCUUCUGGCUUCACCUUGAACUCCAAAGCACUCCAACUUGUAGAGCAACUCCCAAGCUUUAAGACAAGCCUUCCUUGGUCCAUUUUCAAUGAAGCAUUGGAGAGAAUCACCCUUGCAAAGUGAGUAUCUUGCACAUGAACAAACACUUAGUUGCAUU